CUCGCACGUGCUGUCCGUUUUCUUUCUUCGUCAACUCCCUUUCCUUUCCCUCUUUAUCUCUCUCUCUUUCAGCCUGUCUUUUUCUCUUCUUGCUCUGCUGAUCCUCAGUACUAAAAUUCUGAACUUCCCUUUUUUAGUGCUCAACGCCGACAAGAUCGUUACGCUCGCGAUAGGUGCUUUGAUUGCUCAGAUCGUUCACAAGGAAGAGAAGAAUCCUGCGUUUUCUACUGGUGUGUUGAAGCUUGCAUUGUAUGGUAACCAAGCUUGAACUGAGCUCUAUAUCGCAUCUGUUCUUUAGAGCUUCUUUUUGUAGAUUUCAGGGAUCCUGAUUCCUGAACUAAGCGCGGUGCUUCUUGCUUUUCCGCUCUUGAAAGUUUUAGUUGCUUUCGUUUCUCUCUUAUUUCUUGUUUUGGUUCCCGAGAAGUGAGAACUCUUUUUGAAUUCCUCAAUUACGCGAGAGGAUUAGGAUUUGUGCUCAAGCGAGGAUCUGUGUGUUCUGCGGAUGUGCUAAUUUCUGAUGAACUGUAUAAGAAUCGUUUGCUUUCUCGUGUCAGGUAAGCUUUGAAGGGCCUCGCAUGAAGUCUUGGAUGCUGAUUGUAAGUUUAGAAGAGGAUUGUCAAUGCUGUUGAGCUCGGGAGAGUUAUGGAGGAGAGCACACUGAGAACAGAUUUGCAUGUGAAUACGUCUAGGCAAUCACCGUUGAGGCCGAAUGGAAACCUUAAGUCCAUGGGAUCUGCUGGAAGAACAACGCCUAGGAACUCUCCUACUUAUAAGCGGUUGAAUUCCAGCAGAACUCCAAGGAGGGAAGGGAGAGGAAGUGGAGGAGGUAGGUUCCAGUGGUUUCGGAGCAAUCGGCUUGUGUACUGGCUGCUUCUGAUUACUCUCUGGACUUACCUAGGGUUCUAUGUCCAGUCCAGGUGGGCUCAUGGUAUUAACAAGGAUGAAUUUCUAGGGUUUGGAGGUAGAAAUCGAAUUGCAGAAGCAAAGAGUUCUCAGGAGAAUAAUAAUCCAAGGGUGUUGCUGGGCAAUGAGUCUUCUCUAGAUGUAAAUAGUAGUACAAUCCAUGUGGAAGAUGGGAAAGGGAUUGAGGUAGUUUUGGCCAAGAAGGAAUAUGAAGCCUCAAAUAAUCAGAGCGUGGUCCCGAAAAAGAAAGAGAAGAGAUCUGUACGCAGGCAACGCGGUAGAGGACGUGGCAGGAAGAAGUCGAAAAUUGAAGUUGUAAGAGAUGAUGUAGAGGUGGAAGAACCAGAUGUCCCUAAAAGGAAUACUUCCUAUGGUUUGCUUGUUGGUCCAUUUGGGACAACAGAGGACAAAGUUUUGGAAUGGAGUCCCGAGAAGCGAAGUGGAACUUGUGAUAGGAAGGGUGCCUUUGCACGUCUUGUAUGGUCGAGGAAAUUCGUUUUGAUUUUCCACGAGCUCUCCAUGACUGGAGCUCCACUUUCCAUGUUGGAAUUAGCAUCAGAACUUUUGAGCUGUGGGGCCACUGUUUCGGUUGUAGUUCUCAGCAGGAAAGGUGGGCUGAUGCCAGAACUUAACAAGAGAAGGAUCAAAGUGCUUGAUGAUAAAGCAGAUUUCAGCUUCAAAACUGCCAUGAAGGCUGAUCUUGUCAUUGCUGGAUCAGCAGUUUGUGCAUCGUGGAUAGAUCAAUAUAUUACUCGGUUUCCAGCUGGGGGAAGUCAAAUUGUGUGGUGGAUUAUGGAAAACAGGAGGGAGUACUUUGAUCGCUCGAAGAUCGUCCUUGACAGAGUCAAAAUGCUAGUCUUUCUUUCUGAAUCCCAGGCCAGACAAUGGCAAACUUGGUGUGAGGGAGAAAGCAUCAAGCUCAGAUCCCCACCAGCUGUGGUGGAACUUUCUGUCAAUGACGAGUUGGCUUUUGUAGCUGGGAUCCCAUGUUCACUAAAUUCUCCAUCUUCUAGCCCGGAGAAGAUGGUCGAGAAGAAACAGUUACUCCGGGAUUCAGUAAGGAGAGAGAUGGGAUUGAGUGAUAGUGAUAUGCUUGUGAUGUCUCUCAGCAGCAUAAACCCUGGCAAGGGUCAGCUGUUACUUCUUGAAUCAGCAAAGCUGUUGAUUGAACAUGAUGAUCUACAAAAAGGAAGGAAUUCGGAUGUAGACAGAGAUCUCUCUGACCUGGCCGGGAAACAUCAUUUAAGAUCGUUGUUGCAAGACACACAUCUUAGGAGGGUUCUUUCUUACAGUGCAGUAGCACAGGAAUCGAAUCUUAAAGUUCUUGUGGGCUCUGUAGGAUCUAAGAGCAAUAAGGUGCCUUACGUUAAGGAACUUUUGGGUUUCCUAUCCCGGCAUUCAAACUUGUCAAAAUCGGUCCUGUGGACUCCAGCAACAACUAGGGUGGCAUCACUUUAUUCUGCAGCAGAUGUUUAUGUCAUAAACUCCCAGGGAAUCGGAGAAACAUUUGGAAGAGUUACGAUUGAAGCCAUGGCAUUCAGUCUUCCGGUGCUAGGAACAGAAGCUGGAGGGACGAUAGAAAUCGUGGAGAACAACGUAACGGGGCUCCUCCACCCGGUGGGGCGGCCAGGGAGUCGUGUUCUUGCCGAGAACCUAAGAUUCUUGAUCGAGAAUCCGGAAGUGAGGAAGGAAAUGGGGAUGAAAGGGAGGCAGAAAGUAGAGAGGAAGUACCUGAAGAAGCAUAUGUACAAGAAGUUCGGUGAGGUGCUGUACAAGUGUAUGCAAAUCAAGUGAAAACGUUUGGGCCAAUUAUAGAGAACACAUUAUUCUUUCAUUGGUUUUUGGGGCAACUGAAGGCAAAUCCACUAGCGUGGAUACUGAAUACGUGCAUUACACAACUUACACUGUCUUUGUUGUAUCCAAAAAGUUACCAAUUUGUAAUCCAAUACUGUCGAUUAGCUGGCAAUAUGGCACCGUCCAACAUUCUGUUCAUGGUGGUAUGUUUCAAGUUUCAAAUUACUACUAAAAAAAAAGUUUCAAUUUACUACUAAAAAAAAAGUUUCAAAUUAAGCACGAUGUAGAUU